GAAGAGGUGAGCAGGAUCCUGCGAGCGGGCGCGGGGCAGCGAGUCCAGAGCCGCCGGCCGAGGGACUGACUCUCCCCUGCGCUCCAGCCCCCGCCUCUCCCCGAAGCCAGCCGGACCUGCACCCCGCGCUUGCCCCCGCUCCUCCUCCCCCCGCCCAGCCCCGCGCGCUCCUCCCCGGCCAGCCCCUUGGCGCGCGGCGCGCUGGAGGCGAACACGGGCUGAGCCGAGCGCCGCGGCCGCAGACCACCGAGCGCCCCGUGCCGUUCCCUGCAUGUGCGGCCCGCGGCGGCUCCCAGCCCCCGGCAGCAGCCUCGGCAGCUUCGGCCGCGCUUCGAGAGGCGGCUGCAGCGGCUCCAGCGGCGGCCAAACGGCCGAGCCCGGGCUGGGAGACACGAUGCGCCGCGUCCUUCGGCUGCUCCUCGGCUGCUUCCUCACCGAGCUGUGCGCCCGCGUGUGCCGGGCGCAGGAGCGAGCGGGGCACGGGCAGCUGGCGCAGCUGGGUGGCGUGCUGGUGCUGACGGGGGGCAACCGCUCCGGGGCCGCCUCCGGGGAGGCCGGAGAAGGCGCGGGUGUCUCGGACGCGCCCCCGACCCGGGCGCCCACGCCGGACUUCUGCCGGGGUUACUUCGAUGUCAUGGGCCAGUGGGACCCGCCGUUCAACUGCAGCUCGGGCGACUUCAUCUUCUGCUGCGGGACUUGUGGCUUCCGGUUCUGCUGCACGUUUAAGAAGCGGCGCCUGAACCAGAGCACCUGCACCAACUACGACACUCCGCUCUGGCUCAACACCGGCAAGCCCCCGGCGCGCAAGGACGACCCCCUGCACGACCCCACCAAGGACAAGACCAACCUGAUCGUUUACAUCAUCUGCGGGGUGGUGGCCGUCAUGGUGCUCGUAGGCAUCUUCACCAAGCUAGGACUGGAGAAAGCGCACCGACCCCAGAGGGAGCACAUGUCCAGGGCCCUUGCAGAUGUCAUGAGGCCGCAGGGCCACUGCAACACCGACCACAUGGAGAGAGACCUCAACAUCGUGGUCCACGUGCAGCAUUAUGAGAACAUGGAUACCAGGACCCCCAUAAAUAAUCUUCACUCUACCCAGAUGAACAACGCAGUGCCCACCUCCCCUUUGCUGCAGCAGAUGGGCCAUCCGCACUCGUACCCCAGCCUGGGUCAGAUCUCCAACCCCUAUGAACAGCAGCCUCCUGGCAAAGAGCUCAACAAGUAUGCCUCCUUGAAGGCUGUCGGAAGUUCUGAUGGUGACUGGGCAGUGGCGACACUUAAGUCACCAAAAGCCGACAAGGCCAAUGACGACUUCUACUCCAAGCGCCGGCACCUGGCCGAGCUGGCGGCCAAGGGGAACCUCCCUCUGCACCCCGUGAGAGUGGAGGACGAGCCGCGGUCCUUCAGUCCCGAGCACGGCCCCGCCAAGCAGAACGGACAAAAGUCUCGCACCAACAAGACAUCCUCACACCCCCUGGCCUACAACUCCAACACCAACUUCAAGGGCUGGGACCCCAGCGAGCAUUCUCUCCGGCGGCAGGCUUACGGCAGCAAGGGCAAGCUGGGCACUGCCGAGUCGGGCUCCAGCGACCCCCUGGGAACUCGCCCCCAGCACUACCCACCCCCACAGCCCUACUUCAUCACCAACAGCAAAACAGAAGUGACUGUCUGAGCUGGCGCCACACGGAGCGUCCUGGAGACCACACUCAACUGAGAGGCAAAAAAAAAUCUUCCGGCCCACACUCUCCCUGGCCUCGCCCCACACAGCCACCCACCACUCACUCUCCACACCCACCGACCAGAAACCCACUGGUGACACGGAAUCACGCUUAUCCUGGGUCAUGCCUAACACGUGUUGGCGGGCAGCUGAGCAGAAAUGAAGCAUGGAUGCCCAGCAGUACCGCAAAUGGGGAAACUGAGGCACACUCUUUCGGCCUCAGGCCCAAGGUUGCCGACUCACAUGCCCAAACCGUGGGGCUGAUUGUUCUUUUCCUCCUAACUUGAAACUAAAAUCCAUGAUGAGAAAUAACAGUAGCACAAUAUAGAGAAAUUGUCCAUUUGAGCACAUACACUAUUUGCCACGAGCUGUCCAUUUCUGGGUGAAUGAGCCAGGGCGGAGGGCGGGUAGAAAAUGCGGGGACACCAGAGGUGAGUGUACUUGAAAAGAGGAGUCGUUUGGGAGGAAUCUGCACAUUUGAAGUGUUUUCUAAUCCUAAGACGUGGUGGUGUGGACACACUAUUUUGGUGAACGUGAGACAGUAGCUGGACCCGAACCAUUCUAUUUCUAGUCCUUUUCAUAUCAUCCACGUCCGAUGCAAAAAAAACAAACAACCUUCAAACUCACAAAAUGUAAACGAUCCUGAACCCACUAACAGUGAUGGGGAAGAGAGAGCGUUUUAGGACUCCCAUUAAGACCAUGACUAUGGACAUGGGAGGGAUGGGCUUUGCUGGCAGGGAGCGGGUCCAGAGGAUAUUAAAUAACUUUUCUUUAUAAAAAGAAAAAUGAAAUAUGAGUCCACUACAAAACAGACAAGAACAGCAAACUCAUUUUCAUCCCAAAUCUUCAAGACUUAGCAAAUCAACGGCGACAUCAAGAACAAUUAAAAGAAAAAUCACAGCUGAACGGUCAACGAGAGGUGAGAAGGGGACCCAGGGGUCCGGUUUCUGGCAUGUCCCCCUGGCCUCUGAGACCAGACAGACACACUAACCAGUCCUCCACUCACCGCCAGUCCGCGGCUCCCUUCCCUUCAGCCCAUUGCUGCCGCCGCCACCACCAAAUUCCAACUGCUUUGGACUGAAAAUGUCAUACGUGUGGGUGGUGCCUUCAGUGUGUUACUGUUUAGUGACCGUCUCAUCUCCCAAGUGCAACCUGUGUUCUUUUAGCCUCCCUCCCUCCUGUGUUUCUGCAGUGAUAGAAGAUGUUUCCAUCCUCCCUUUGUUGGCGAGCCCACCCCAUCACCCCCUCUGGGGACGCUGAGCAGUGUCAGGGGGACCUACAGACCAACACCUCCCUAUCUCCCACACUGUCCAAAAUCAAUGCCCUACCACUUUCUAGCUCCCCAAACCUAGCAAGCAUUUCCAGUCCCAUAAUUCCCAGGGACCCCCACACCGCCUCUCUAGACACUUAAGUGCAUUCAUCUCCCAUCCAGAAUUCCCUGAGGUGGUUUUCAGGUUGGUUCUCACAGCCAAUGUCCCAACAGAGACAGUUUUCGUGCGAGUUCUAUUUGUUUUAUGGAAGCCCAAAGAGGGUUGUUGAGAGAGAAGAGAUAAGUAUUUAAGGUGAGACGUUCUCAACCAGUCCCUAAAGGUCUAGGUCUUAGCUAAUUGACAGGGAUCUUUGAGAGCCCCCAGCUGUUCCUGUGUCAGAAGCUGUACAUGGUCCCAACAGGUCUCAGAGCACUUCCUGGGAUGCUGAACUCUAGCGCUCUGCCUCACCCAUCUCUUCCUCUGAUGCCGCGGGAUCAGGCAGACCAGGUGGUCCUUCUCCUGUUCACUCCCAGCUGACCUGCGGACAUUGACAAUUCAUUUUAUCUAUCUGGGUUUUAGUCUCUGGCCUGAAACAUGAGGAACUGAGGCCUGACCAAGCUUUUUCAAAUAGCAAAACCUCUGCCAUUUUUUAAAAAAAGGGAACUGUGCACAGAAGCCACAGUAUAAGAUUCCCCUCUCAUAGCGAGACUCUGUGCUGGACGAAGCAGGCAUGAGAGAGUCAGUGCCCACUUUCUCAGCCUUUUUGCUGGGACCCCAGUGCUCCCCAUAGUGGAGGAAACACCACUGAGCUUGGUUUCCUUGACUUAGUUACCUGUAGACCUGCAACACACUUUUGGUAUCUGUCUCACCUUCACAGUAUUUGUAUCUAAAUUGAUUCACUUUUAAUAUAGUUAACUUUUAAAAGAAAAACUUCCUGCCAUCAUCACAAAUAGAAAACCAGAAUCAGUCACCCUAAAUAGAAAGUAAGUAUAAAAAUCAGUACAAAGGCAACAAAACAGCAAUUGUCAAGUUCUAGCUAGAUACUAUUGCUGUGGAAGUGUCUGGACCUAUAGACUGGCACUUGCGUCUCUCUCUCUCUCUCUCUCUCUCUCUCUCUCUCUCUCUCUCUCUCUCCUCUCUCUCCCCCCCUCCUUUUUUUUUAAUUAAAACAAGAUUAGCACAUGUUAAAGAGUUGUCAAAGAUAUACCAGCCUCUAAUGAAGACUUUCUUUUUGAAGUAACUAGAUGGACUGAGAAAAAUGCAAAGGGAAUCAUUUCCUAUGUGACUCAAUGCUAAUUAGUGCCAUGCCCAUGUACUACUUAAAAUCAUUUUGCGUACGCUAGUGGUACACAGCCCAUGCUUCAGGAAGCACUGGGCCGGCUUCUCUGGGAGGUUCCCUCCAGCUCAAAAGUUCUGCAAUUCUAGUCUCCCUCUUAGCUCAAUUUGGCUCUCUGCCCUCGACUCACUUCAUCUCACCUUUACCACAACCCUGGUUAAGGACUUUUUUUGGUCUCUGAAUCUACAGGAUUUUAUUUAUUGUCCAUGUUCCUUCUCUUCUGAGUCAACAUCAUCCAGUGACUUCUGUUAGUUGGGGGUUUGCAGCUACAAUUUGGGUGGCAGGGUUGUGACAUGGUCAAAAGGAUGUGGCUGUGAUGGCGACCCAAGAAGAACCAUGAUUCACAGUCUCGUCACCUUCCAAUUGGUUUCCGGAACCAAACCGAGGGUGGGGAGUGUGGCUAGGGAAGUGUAUUCUUUGGUCUCCUCUGGAGAGGGUGGACAGACCUCAUGAUGCUGAGAGUGUCCCGAGGGAUGACCUAGGGAAUUGUGACUGCCCUGGAUCAACAAGGACCCAGUAGCUAGAGGAGGGAGACACAGAAGAGAACCCAGAAGAAAGCAGAGAGACUAUUCCUUCCCCAUCCCAUGCCCCGGCACUAGCCUCCCCUUGCCUUUAGCCAUUCCGACUUCCAACCCCAUGGGAGCAGAGUCUUACGUCCCUUGGCCUUCCCAGAGCAUCUCAGCCUCCAUCCGCCUUGGGCUCCACCUGGCCUCCCCAUCUAACCCCCCAGGUUUUUGUGCAAAUGGAGCAUAUUUUAUGUGCGAAUAUUUUAGUAACCGUAUGUUCUGCAAGUAAACCUGUGUUAAUACUCGUCAACAACUGCAGAGUUUAUGAUACCAAUAACACUUCCUACAAUGAAGACAAAAAAAACAUUUGUUUGUUUUCUAAGAAUGUUUAUUUGUAAACAUAUGUAUUCACUAUAUUAAUAUGAAUUUCUUACCUGGCAAUAAAACUGAUUAUAUGUGAUGCUGUUGGGCUUGCC